CACGAUUUUGGAAACCCAUUGUACCCUGUUAGUAUCUGUUUUGAACAGCAUUCUUGAAUUCAGUGUUGUUGUGGCUGGUUAUCAUGUCCGUCGACAUCUGGCAGUAGACAAACUAUACCGUUAUAACAAUGCACAUUGCUGGUCAUUCACGACAGUUUCUAAUCAGUCAUUAUCACGUAGCUGGUCCUUUGCAGAACGUGGCUUUCAUCAAGGUUUACCUGAAAGAAACUUG